CGCUCCGCAAGGCGAAAAAAAGUUGACAACGACUUUCUUGAAGCGCUUUGCAUCCGAUUCUUCUCUUCACUCGCCUGUACAUCAUUAUACUUCUGCAGCCAUUGUAUAGUUUUCAUCUUAAUUAUUUUAUAUCGACGACAAUGGGUUGGUUUUGGGCAGAUACCGAGCGGCCGGCCGCUGUGCCUGUUAAUAAUACUGCUACCACUAUCUCGGCGACACCACCACCUGGAUGUCCCAUGCACGUAGCAGGCUCUUCAUCUUCUGGGGUCGAAACACCUCUACCAAGCGCAUGUCCAGUUAAAAGAUCGCCCAAUUCACCAUUCUACACUCCCUCAUCGGAAACCACUCGUCAACAACCCCAAGAACAAGCUUCAGCAAAUACAAGCGGCAAAUCAAAAAUAAACCCUCUCAAUUAUAUGUUCAGUUUUAUCUCUCAAGAACGCGCCCCAACUCAAACAGUCGAUCUACCAGUCGAGCGCGAAAUCUCCUCAAUCCCACGCGCCGACAAUGCCGGCGAGAAAUGGGAAUAUCCCUCCCCGCAACAAAUGUAUAACGCCAUGCUUCGCAAGGGGUAUACCGACACCCCGCAAGAUGCGGUUGAAUCCAUGGUCGCAGUCCACAAUUUCUUGAACGAAGGUGCUUGGGCGGAGAUUGUGGAAUGGGAACAGAUUUUCGCGAAGGGGUUGAAGAGUGGAUGGGAAAAGUGUCGAAAGGGGAAUGAGAAUUUGGCGAUUGAGUUGGCAAAGGAGAGGUUGUUGUGUGAGAAGAAAAUUGAGGAUGGGGAGGAGUUGGAGCCGUGUUUGGUGCGGUUUCAGGGAAGACCGCAGGAUUUGAGUCCCAAGGCUAGGAUUAUGCAGACGUUGGGAUGGCUGUACCCUGCUAAAUUUGGAACCGAACCACCCUUUGACAGACACGACUGGUAUGUAUCUCGACGCACACCCUCCGGAACAACAAAAGAAGUCCGCUACGUCAUCGACUACUAUUCUGGACCUCCAGAACCAACCGGUGAACCUGUUUUCUUCCUCGAUAUCCGUCCAGCCGUCGAUACUCCAACAGCUGCCGUGGAGCGUUUGAUGCGUUGGGGCGGUGACGUUUGGUAUAGGGCUAGUGGUGGUCAAGCACGAGAGAAUAAAUGAUCGCCCAGUAUUCGCUCUUAUACCGACCUUAUUCGAUGGUUACUCAAAACUCGCUCGUCUCGAGUUCCCUUUCUUCAAUUGAACUACUUAAUGCAUACUCGGGCUCGGCGUCCUUCUGUUCGAUUUUUGAUAUGAUUAUUCGGUUACGGAUUUCCUCUUCUUUGCCCUUGUAUAUUAUUUGUCUGUACGUUUUGCCAUUGUUGGGACCUCACAUCUCUUAUUUAUUUUCAUGUCUGUGUACAGUAGAUUAACUAAUGUUGAGUAUGUGUAUACAUAUACCGAACUCUUCGUUUCUAGGAUAUUUGUAAGCUAUAGAUAUCUAGGUAAUGGUAAAAAGUAUGAAAGGAGUGAGUACGCUCGUAAUUGCAUAUUGCUAUGUACAUAGAAUCAAAGACCUGUAUAACGCCAAUCCAAUGAUUGAUUGAUUGCCUGUAUGAUGUUCGAGCAUACAUUAUAUAUAAUGUUGUAUAGUUUAUUAUGUGCAGGAAAGCACCCAAUGUGCACGUGUGCCGAUAUUAAGGAUCGUCAAGCUCAGAUAUUCGGCGCCAACAAAUCAUAUUUGACGCAGUUUUCGACACUUUCCAGACUGGCCUGGAGGAAUGUGCGUGCUUCAAGACCAAACCAUACUCGGAGCAUGGAUGUGUCACCGUGACACACGUCUUGUAGUAAUGUUGUGCCUGAACCGAGUUGGCGUAAGAUUGGAAGGGC